UCACCAUGGAACGGAACGGACGGUUUCGAUCUCAUCUCUGAGAGUGCCACUUGUUCAAAUUGACAUGUUAGCCGCACGCGAAUCAGCUCCCUGGCGUUGAUGAGAUCUCUCUAACGAAGGGUAAAACAGUCCUCAUAACAGAACCCUCGUCUAUUACCUCUCUCUCCCAUCAGCCUCUCUCAUUGCUCUCUCUCUCCAACUGACUGUUAAUCUCCUCUCUCUUGGUAACAUCUUUCUGAAUGUCCAUCACUGGGUGCAUGUUUUGUUCCCUAUAACUUCAUAAGACCAGAGCAUUGACAUGGCAAGUUAUAUGGGAAGAGGAGACCCUUUAAAUGGUUCUGUGUACGUCUGUAACUUACCUCCUGGAACUGAUGAGAGUAUGCUGGCUGAUUUUUUUGGCACCAUAGGGUUGCUAAAGAAGGACAAAAGGACUGGUCGACCAAAGAUCUGGUUAUACAGAGAUAAAGUUACAAGUGAACCAAAGGGUGAUGCAACAGUGACAUAUGAGGAUCCACAUGCAGCAUUGGCUGCUGUGGAAUGGUUUAAUAACAAGGAUUUUCAUGGGAGUACUAUCGAGGUACAUAUAGCUGAGUCAAAGUCGAAAGACUCAGUUGAUCAUUCAUACAAUUCGGGUUUCACCCAUCAAAUGAAUCAUGCUGGCAAUCUAAGUGUAGCUGGUGAUUUUGGCGGACAAGAGGAAGAUGCUAGGGAUUUGAAUGAGGGUGCAGGAAGAGGUAGAGGACGGGGUGAUGCUUCAGGAAAAGCAUGGCAACAAGAAGGAGACUGGUUGUGUCCCAAUACAAGCUGCUCCAAUGUAAACUUCACAUUUCGUGGUGUCUGUAACCGCUGCGGAACUGCUCGCCCUGCUGGUGCCUCUGGCAUGGUUGCAGGGGGUGGUGGUCGAGGGAGGGGCCGUGGAAGCAAUGACUCUGGGGGCCGUGGCCAAUCGGCUGGUGGUCCAACAGGGCUCUUUGGUCCAAAUGAUUGGCCCUGUCCAAUGUGCGGCAAUAUCAACUGGGCAAAACGUACAAAAUGCAAUAUCUGUAAUACCAAUAAGCCUGGUCACAAUGAGGCUGGUGUGAGAGGAGGGCGUGCCGGAGGUUACAAAGAACUCGAUGAAGAAGAAAUAGAGGAAACAAGGCGGCGGCGGCGGGAGGCCGAAGAGGAUGACGGGGAGAUGUAUGAUGAGUUUGGCAAUCUCAAGAAGAAGUUCCGUGCCAAAAUGCAGCAAACCAAAACUGGACAGUUACUCCCAGGUUCUGGGCGUGCAGGAUGGGAAGUGGAGGAGCUAGGCACGACUGAAAGAGAUGGUAGAGAGAGAAGCAGAGACAGAGGAAGAGACCAUGGCGAAAGAGAGAGCAAAAGGAGCCAGGAGCAAGAUGCGUACAUGCAUGAGAAGGAGAGGCACCGAAGCCGAAGCAGAGAAAGGGAUAGAGACCGCAACAAGGAAAGAGGGAGAGACAGGGACAGGGAGCGAGACCGAGACUACGACUACGAUAGAGGUCGAGAACAUGGAAGGGACCGUGAUCGGCUCCAGGAAUGGUAGUAGUUAUAGGGAACUGCUGUCUUUCCCUGCCCAAGCAUUUUUGGUUGACAUUAAGAAAGUUUCGUGUUGUAGGGAACAACUGACUUUGCUUCUUUGGGUAUUGGACUUGAAGGUUUGAACUUGUCUUUUAUUUACCCCAGCCUUUUAUGUCUACUGGUUUGUAAUGAGUCCAUAAAAAGGGACUUCCAUUUUCCUU